AUCCGAGUUCCCGGAUGAGGGAACAUUCUGCAGUAUAAAGGGAGCGGGGAAGGCGGGAGACAGCGCAGUUUGAAUCGCGGUGCGACGAAGGAGUAGGCGGUUGGUUUUCGCUGGGUGUCUGACUAGUCCUUUCUCUGCCUUGCUUGUUUGAGCUUCAGCAGAAUUCGAAAUGGCUGGCGGUAAGGCUGGGAAGGACUCCGGAAAGGCCAAGACAAAGGCGGUUUCCCGCUCGCAGAGAGCCGGUUUGCAGUUCCCAGUGGGCCGUAUUCAUCGACACCUGAAAUCUAGGACGACUAGCCAUGGACGUGUGGGCGCGACUGCCGCUGUGUACAGCGCAGCCAUCCUGGAGUACCUCACCGCAGAGGUACUUGAAUUGGCAGGAAAUGCAUCGAAAGACUUGAAGGUAAAGCGUAUUACCCCUCGUCACUUGCAACUUGCUAUUCGUGGAGAUGAAGAAUUGGACUCUCUCAUCAAGGCUACAAUUGCUGGUGGUGGUGUCAUUCCACACAUCCACAAAUCUCUGAUUGGAAAGAAAGGACAACAGAAGACUGUCUAAAGGAUGCCUGGAUUCCUUAUUAUCUCAGGACUCUAAAUACUCUAACAGCUGUCCAGUGUUGGUGAUUCCAGUGGACUGUAUCUCUGUGAAAAACACAAUUUUGCCUUUUUGUAAUUCUAUUUGAGAAAGUUGGAAGUUUAAUUAGCUUUCCAACCAACCAAAUUUCUGCAUUUGAGUCUUAACCAUAUUUAAGUGUUACUGUGGCUUCAAAGAAGCUAUUGAUUCUGAAGUAGUGGGUUUUGAUUGAGUUGACUGUUUUUAAAAAACUGUUUGGAUUUUAAUUGUGAUGCAGAAGUUAUAGUAACAAACAUUUGGUUUUGUACAGACAUUAUUUCCACUCUGAUGGAUAAGCUCAAUAAAGGUCAUAUCCCAAACUAGUUGUGUAUAAAAUUUGCUUGAUUAUAGUAGGAACAGCUUUGUUUUGAAUAGGUAUCUUAGCUAGCAAUAACUUAAGCACAUUUCUUCCCUUGAAAUUACUGUUAAUUCUGUCUGUAGAUCAACAAAGUUAAAAGGCCCAAGUAUUUUUUUUUAAAUACAUUGUAAU